CCCGUUCAGCUUUCGCAGCACUCGACACCAUCAUUUCCGCGCACAGUGUUGGCCAGGUGACUUCUUGUGGACGAAGCUGAAUAGGAAGCCUCGCGAUUUCGAGUGUUCACCUGCGAGUCCUCGUCCUGGCGCCACUCGAAGAUGCCCUCGGGCCGCAAGUGCUCGCCCAGUGACGGUCAGAGUGAAGAGUGUCUUUUUCCCAAGUGACGUCAUUUGUGCAAAAUAGACCCGCGCCAUAAAAGAGUGGCUGAGGUGAGAGCAAUCAGCAGAAACGGUGACAAAUUAAGGUGUUACGGCGCGCUGAUAUUUCGCAAAGUGUGUGGUACCCGCCAAUAAUUGUUGGGGAGAGUGAAUAGAGUCGCGAGAGUGGCUGAAAAAACUCUACUUUUCCAUUCAAAUAAGAACACCAGGCAGUGCCAUUGGCGUUUACACAGAGCGGACAAUAAAAUUGCAAGACGAAUAAGAUGAACAUAACGAGCGGAGGCUUUGUGUUGCUGCUCAUGUCGUACCUCUGCUACAGUCAUCGGCUGGGGCCUUCUGAAUCCAUACUGGACAUCAUCAACACACGCCACAUCGAUCGGGUGUUGGCCGAGAGGCGCCAGAAUGCCUCGCGGGAUGAGAAGCGAUUCCUCCUGCAGAACGACCUGGACGAUGAGGAGGCGGACGGCGACAUGGAGUACAACCGAAGGAGGUCGACAGGCGUCUUGGCGCAGUACAACGACACAGCCUUUGCCGGGCCCGCCAGCCAGGACAUUUUUGCCGAUCUGCAAGCCUACAGGGCGGACAAGCUGCUCAAGUCCAGCAAGAACGCUCUGGUGGUGACUCGCAAGGAGUACCUCAAGAAGGACUGGUGCAAGACUGAACCCUUGGUUCAGCGCAUCCGAGAGGAGGGCUGUCUCAGUCGCACCAUCAUCAAUCGCUUCUGCUAUGGCCAGUGCAACAGCUUCUACAUUCCCAAGAGCCCGAGGCGGCCGAGGAGGAACCGCGGUCGCAGCCAUCAAUUGCGAAAUGGACAGGACUUCGAGGAUGAGGAUCUCACCGGUGCUGCCUUCAAGUCGUGCGCCUUCUGCAAGCCCAAGAGAUUCACCUGGAUAACGGUGACUCUGCGAUGCCCCUCCAUGACGCCUCAGCUGAGGAAGAAGCGAAUCCAGAGAAUCAAGCAGUGCAAGUGCAUAGCGGAACCAGUGAACUAAACCUCUGUGGGCGAAUGGCUUCAAAAGUAAGUGCGCAUUUUGCAAUUUUAGAUAAAUGUUAAAGAAUUUGAGCAGAAUACCACCCCAUUUCUUUGAUCGAGUAUCAAAAUCGAUACUGAGGUUUGUUGUUACAGAAGACAUUUACAUGCUAUUCUCUAUUGUAGUAACUCAUAAAAUUUGCGUUCAAUGUUUCAUUUUUCUACACAGCCCAAACUAAUUUUUAAACAUUUGCAUUAAGUAUAAAAGUAUUCUUGCCAUGAAUUAGGCAAAAGUAAGAGUUUUCUGCAGUUUUUUCUGGAUUAGAUACCGAAAACCGAAGAUAUUUAUAAAGAAAGAAAAUUAGAUUGUAAAUUAGAAAACAAAGUAUUAUUGUCCUCAAAGCACCUAAUAUAAUAUUUAUAACCUUCCCUCCUGCAUUUGCAAGGUAAGAGUCUAACAAAUAUGAUAUAGUGGAAUGUUUGGUGUUUGCGCGAAGAGAUUGUCUGAGAAUUUUGUACAGCAAGAAUUUGAAGAGGGUUGUUUUUUCAAGAAUUGUUAGGAGUGAUAUAUGAAAUAUAUCUUAGGAUAGAAUUUAUAUUUUGCAUACAGAAAAGAAAUGGUAAUUUUUGAUAAAUUUAGGUAGGUAGGGGAGAAUUAAAUUAAAUUAUACAAAUAAUGAAAACUGUGUUUUUGAUUAUUUAUAAUUAACACUGUAUAUAUUUAGAAUACCAAAGUACAUAAAUGUUUAAUUUGAUUGCCAUUUGGCAGAAUUUUCCGCUUUUCUAACUGCGAUUGGAGCUGUUCCUCCGCACCCUCCUUUCUUCAAUAACAAUUAAACUUGAGCAAGAAUAUGGAGCAACUAGAGCAAUUUCUAUGCCAGAAAUGUAAUGAAAAACGAAGAGAGCAUUCAUGUAUAUUCCAAGUAUUACACAAGUCAAAUAAAUAAUGGGCAUGUAGUAAUCUAAGAUUAUAUAGGAUUUACACUGUAUUGAGUAUAUUUGUAUAUAAAUAAGAAGUUUAUGGAAAUGAAAAUAUUGUUUUGGCGACUGUAAUCGCAAAUCUCAAGUGGUAUUGCUUCUUGAUUCGUCCACUAGAAGUGGAUGGAAAAAACGCCGCCCGCCAGUGUUGUAUUUCGUACAUUUAGAGAUGAUGAGAGAAUGACGUGAAAUCAAUGCAAAGAAUGUAUAUUUUUCCCUAUGAAAAAUUCAAUUGAUUGGUAAAAUAAAAUUACAC